AUGUCGCCGCUCAGCGUGCUCCCCUCGCUUGGCAGCCAAGGCGUCGCCAAGGCGGCAGCCCGCAAGGAGGCUGUUCUGUUUCAGGGCUUUGGCUGGGAGAGCCACAAGCAUGAGGAGGGCUGGUGGCGCCACGUCAAGGCACGGGUGCCGGACCUGAAGAAAGCGGGCUGCACCCACCUCUGGCUGCCGCCCCCGAGCCAGUCCGUCUCACCCCAGGUGCCCGCCCCGCCGCGCCUGGCGGCCAUGCAAGCCGGCCCCGCGGCGGCCCGUGCUCAGCAGCAACAGCAGCCAGGCCGCCCUCAUCCAACUGGGUACAUGCCAGGUCAGCUUUACAACCUUGACGCUUCAAAGUACGGCAACAAGGACGACCUGCGGGGGGAGCGCAUCGACUGGGGCAGCUGGGCGAUCACCAGCAACGACCCCACGUUCAGGGGCUCGGGCAACGCAGAUACGGGCGCCGAUUAUGCGGCGGCCCCCGACCUGGACCACGCCAACCCCGCGCUACGCAAGGCCCUGACAGAGUGGCUGGCCUGGCUCCAGGACCAUGUUGGGUUUGGAGGCUGGCGCCUGGACUUUGUCAAGGGCUAUGGCGCAGAGUUUGUGGACGAGUACAUCUCAAAGACGGUCGGCAGGGACGCCCUCAACGUGGGGGAGUACUGGGUAGACAUGUCCUGGAACGGCAGCGAGCUCGCAGUAAACCAGGACGGCGCGCGCCAGGCCCUCUGCAACUGGAUUGACGCCAACAAAAUGAGCUCUGCCGCGUUUGACUUUCCCACAAAGGGCAUCCUGCAGGAGGCGGUGGGCAAGACGCAGUACUGGCGGCUGAGGGACGGCCAGGGCAAGGCGCCGGGGCUGUUGGGCUGGUGGCCCGAGCAGGCUGUGACGUUCACUGACAACCACGACACCGGCAGCUCGCAGCAGCACUGGCCCUUCCCCGGCCACCUAAUGGGGGCGGGCUACGCGCAUGUGCUGACGCACCCUGGCAUGCCCUGCGUUUUCUGGGAGCACUACUUCGACUGGGGCCACGAACUGCGAGAGACCAUUGACAAGCUGGUGCAGCUGCGCAAGCGCAACAACGUCCUCAGCGACAGCAAGCUCGAGAUCAAGGCGGCCCACCACGACCUAUAUUUCGCGGUCGUCGACGCGCGCGUGGCCGUGAAGCUGGGGCCGCGAAUGGAGCUGGGCCCCCUCCAGCCCAGCAAGGACCAGGGCUGGGUCGUGGCGGCGAGCGGGAAGGACUUUUGUGUGUGGGAGAAGAGCGCAGGAGGCAGGGAGUGA